AUGGCGACCGACUCUGCGCAGAUCGAGGACUGGGCUGACGAAGUUUUUGCUGCGGCGGGGAAAUCAACCACCUGGUCCGUGUCAGAGGUCCGUUGUCCGGAGGAGGGCUGCCCACCUGUGGAGACUGUGCUGACAGAUCUCGGCGUCAAAGCACCGAAGCCGGGGAAUGGUGUGUACAAGGUCUUCAAACCCAUUGCUGACGUCCAGAAGGAAGACAUUCAGCAGGCACUCAUGCCCAGCCAAAGCCAUGGUCAUGGAGACGAUUCACAUGGUGCCCACGCUGGGCAUGGUGGGGACAGCCACUGCUGCGAUGGCCACGAUGGCCAUGAUGCGCAUAAGGGACAUGAUGGCCAUGAUGCGCAUAAGGGGGGACAUGAUGGCCAUGAUGCGCAUAAGGGACAUGAGGGCCACGGAGGCCACGAGGGGCAUUCAUGCCAUGAGGACCACGGCCACGGUCAUGGCCACGAGGAUUCCGGGCAUGCAGCGCAUGGUGCCGCACAUGGUCAUGGAAGUCACGAGUGA